GGUGUGCCAGGUGGAAACCCAGCGACCAGUGCUCAGAUUGUCAUUGUGAACAUCUGUAGACAGCUGCCUCCUGCCAAACGGGAAAGACUUGACGUGUCCCCCCAUCUGCUUCUUUUGAACAAGUGCCUUUCAUCUCCCUGGUUUGGUGGCCUGCUCCAGGAGUAAUCCACUCUGCUGCCAGCAUGCCCACCCAGCUGGAGAUGGCCAUGGAUACGAUGAUUAGGAUCUUCCACCGGUACUCUUGCAAAGAAGGGGACAGGUUCAAGCUCAAUAAAGGGGAACUGAAGAUGCUAUUACAGCGGGAGCUCACAGAAUUCCUCACGUGCCAAAAGGAUCCCCAGUUGGUGGAUAAGAUAAUGCAGGACCUGGACGCCAAUAAGGACAACGAAGUGGAUUUUAAUGAAUUUGUGGUCAUGGUGGCAGCUCUGACAGUUGCUUGUAAUGAUUAUUUUGUAGAGCAACUAAAGAAGAAAGGCAAAUAAAGAUGACUAGCAAGCGAAUGAAAGGCAGAAAUAGAUCCAAAGUUCUGUACCUACUGUGAGUCUAUAUCCUUCCUAUUUAGAGACACAGUGAUAUGACUUAUAGAUAUUAUAUAUGUAUACUUAUUAGCAUUAAUUAAAUUAGAUUCAUCUUAUACAAAUAUUCUAGAUCUAUGCCCUCUUUGAA